ACGCUUCUAUAUAAAAACCAUGAAUUUCCAAUUUGCCGGACACUUCAACCAGAAAAAGCUCUGAAUCUUGCUUGAUUGUUCAUCAAUGGCGGAGCUAGAGGACCCGACUGUGAUGCCGAAACUGAUCAAUUUUCUCUCUUGUCUUCUUCAAAGAGUGGCUGAAUCCAACGAUCAAAACCUCUCUGUUCAUCUUCAACAUCACAAAAUCUCAGCCUUCCAUGGCUUAACUCGUCCCGCCAUUUCAAUCCAAAGCUACUUGGAUAGGAUCUUUAAGUACGCCAAUUGCAGUCCCUGUUGCUUCGUCGUUGCCUACAUUUAUCUCGAUCGCUUUGUUCAAAGGCAGCCCUCGCUGCCCAUCAAUUCCUUCAAUGUUCAUCGCUUGCUCAUCACUAGCGUUCUUGUUUCUGCUAAAUUUAUGGAUGAUACGUACUAUAACAAUGCAUAUUAUGCAAAAGUGGGAGGGAUCAGCACAGCGGAAAUAAACUUUCUUGAAGUGGAUUUCUUGUUUGGUUUGGGCUUUCACUUGAAUGUCACUCCCAACACUUUCCAUUCUUAUUACUCAUAUCUUCAAAGACAAAUGCUUCUGCUUCAACCUCCUCUCAGUAGCGCUUCUGCAAAAUCAGAGCUGAUUCUUACAGCCAGAGCUCUGAAACCCCACUCUUGUUUUGAUGAAGAUGAAGCUUCCCAUAAGAAGCAACAGCUUGCAGCUGUUUGAACAAAUUUUUGACCCAAAUUUGGAUUCAAAAUUUGGAGAUUAUGGGCAAAUUCCUCAGCCCAUUUGGAGCAAAACCCAGGUUUCUAAAAUUGGAUUCUCUCUAGUUUUGAGUAUGAAUUUGUUCUUUUGUUUGCCUGAUUAGAUAGCUAUAUUCAGCCACUGACUGGAUGAGUCUGUAAUGUAUGUAUAUAUGUAUCUCUCACAUAUACACACACCAACACAGCUUUGCAAUUUUGGGUAUGGCAGAUUUGGGUUCUGAUCCUCUUUCAUGGUCAGAUCUUUGUUCUGUUUUUUAUCUGUUUUGGUUAUGAGUUCUUGGGUUUGAAAUUUGAUUUUGUAUACAAAUGACAUUCUUCAUUAGUGUUUUAAAA